CAGACAGCCGCCGCCCCAGAUGGCCCGUCGGCUCCCCGCCCAGACGCCACCCAGACAGGCCCCUCCCCUCGCAGACAGGCCCUCCACAGCCCCCAGACAGCACCCCUAGCCCCCUGGUCCUGCAGACUGACGUCUGAGGCGUUAGAUUGACCCAGGGGCACCCAUUCCUCAUUUCGGCUUCUGCUCCUCUUCUUGGGACCUCCUCUGGGUGUAAGCUGGGCCCAGCCCCUCAUGCCCUAGCCCCCAGAACCCAAACUCAACCAGUGGGCCCUGUGGUUGGCGUGACUUGCAGUGGAGCAGGCAGGAGCAGCUGGCGUCCCCUGGGGCCCAACGGGGCAGAGAUCAGCAGGACUGGGGGUUCCUGGGGAACGAGUGAGGGUGCCCUCAGCCCUGGGCUCCGUGCUGUCCUGCAGGGGAGUCAGACCCCUCCUCUUCCCCCUGGGCUGGUUCCAGCCUCUCUCAGCAGAGGAGCUGCGUCCUGCCAGCUGAUGGUAGCGCCCCCUCCCUGGGGUCUCCCCGCAGGCGUCCCCACAGGGGACUGGAAUCAGAGGCCACAGUCUGUGGAAGCCACAACAGGGGGAGUCCUAAGCUGAGGUUGGGGAUAAACUGAGAGAAAUGACAAACUACCCCCCACAACACACCAAAGUUGGGCUUGGGCUUGGGGUGGAGCCGUGCCUGGGAGGCCGCCCACAAUUACCACAGUUUGAGUUAGUUAGUUCCCACCCCUCCAAGGCUUGACACGUAGUUAGUCUUCACUUCUGGGGAAUUGGCUUAAAGAGGCAGCAUCACCUAAAACCUGGGCUCUUGGCUAAGCCCCCGCACCCCCCUCCAUCGUGGGAGCCGCUUCCACAGGAGAGGAGAGGCUGUGCUCUGGCCACGGAGCUGGCGCCCGUUAGCGCUUCUCAGGGACGCUCCGAGUGUGGUUUGGUCCUUACAACAAUUUUCUGGCAGAGGGAACAGCAGCUCUUCUGUCCAGUCCUGACUCAGAGAGGGGAAGGGGCUGACCUGUUGUCACACAGCAAGAAACGAAGGUAACCAGGGAAUGUUCCUCAAAGUUUAGGUACUUUUCAUCAUUCAAAAUGCAUUUGCAUUCUGUUGUCUCCAUGAGCUCAGCAGAACAGCUACAGUUACAGGGGGAGAAAGAGAAGCCCAGAGAGGGACGGGACUUGCCUGAGGUCACACAGUGGAUCACAGACCUGUGAUUCGGACCUGGCUGGUUGCCUUCAGCUCCUCCUCUGUAGCACACUUACCUCCACCGCUGCCAGGAGAGGCCAGCCUCGCAGGUGUGUGCCACGGACCACAACGUGGACAACACCACGGAGAUGCUGCAGGAGUGGCUGGCCGCUGUGGGCAAUGACUAUGCAGCUGUAGUCUGGAGGCCUGAAGGGGACGCCAGGUCCUACCCAGACGAAGAGGGUCCCAAGCACUGGACCAAAGAAAGGCACCAGUUUCUGAUGGAGUUGAAGCAGGAAGCCCUGACCUUCGCCAGGGACUGGGGGGCUGACUAUAUCCUGUUUGCAGAUACAGACAAUAUUCUGACCAACAACCAGACACUGCGCCUUCUGACAGAGAAGGGGCUGCCUGUGGUGGCCCCAAUGCUGGACUCCCAGACCUACUACUCCAAUUUCUGGUGUGGGAUCACCCCCCAGGGCUACUACCGCCGCACAGCCGAGUACUUCCCCACCAAGAACCGCCAGCGCCGGGGCUGCUUCCGUGUCCCCAUGGUCCAUUCCACCUUCCUGAUAGCCCUGCGGGCUGAGGGGGCAGCCCAGCUCGCCUUCUACCCGCCUCACCCCAACUACACCUGGCCCUUCGAUGACAUCAUCAUCUUUGCCUAUGCCUGUCAGGCUGCAGGGGUCUCCGUCCACGUGUGCAAUGAGCACCGUUAUGGGUACAUGAACGUGGCUGUGAAGUCCCACCAGGGGCUGGAGGACGAGAGGGUCAACUUCAUCCACCUGAUCUUGGAAGCACUGGUGGACGGGCCCCCGAUGUGGGCCUCGGCUCAUGUGUCCCGGCCCCCAAAGAGGCCCAGCAAGAUGGGGUUUGAUGAGGUCUUUGUCAUCAGCCUGGCCCGCCGGCCCGACCGCCGGGAGCGCAUGCUGAGCUCGCUUUGGGAGAUGGAGAUCUCCGCGCGGGUGGUAGACGCUGUGGAUGGCCGGACACUCAACAGCAGCACCAUGAGGAUCCUCGGCGUGGACCUGCUGCCCGGCUACCAGGACCCCUACUCGGGCCGCACGCUGACCAAGGGCGAGGUGGGCUGCUUCCUAAGCCACUACUCCAUCUGGGAGGAGGUAGUUGCGAGGGGCCUGGCCCAGGUCGUGGUGUUUGAGGACGACGUGCGCUUUGAGAACAACUUCAGGGGGCGGCUGGAGCGGCUGAUGGAGGAGGUGGAGGCAGAGAAACUUCCAUGGGACCUGAUCUACCUCGGCCGGAAGCAGGUGAACCCUGAGGAGGAGGCAGCAGUGGAGGGGCUGCCACACCUGGUGGUGGCCGGGUACUCCUAUUGGACACUGGCAUACGUCCUGAGCCUGGCAGGCGCCCGCAAGCUGUUGGCCUCCCAGCCGCUGCGCCGAAUGCUGCCCGUGGACGAGUUCCUGCCCAUCAUGUUUGACCAGCACCCCAAUGAGCAGUACAAGGAACACUUCUGGCCACGGGACCUGCGGGCCUUCUCGGCCCGGCCCCUGCUCGCUGCCCCCACUCACUACGCGGGGGACGCCGAGUGGCUCAGUGACACGGAGACCUCCUCGCCCUGGGAUGAUGACAGCGGCCGCCUCAUCAGCUGGAGCGGCUCUCACAAGACCCUGCGUGACCCCCGCCUGGACCUGGCCGGCAGCGGUGGGCACAGCCUCCAUCCCCACCCCCGGGAUGAGCUCUAGGUCUGGGUGGUGACUCCAGAGGAGGGCUCGGGAGCAGGCUGCAGCCGUCCAGGGAGCAGAGUUGGAAAUCGCUGGCAGAGGCUGCCACCAGGAGCCACAGACCCACAGCUGCGACCUCAGGCGUGGCCACUCUGCCCUCUGGACCCAUCUUUCAUCAGGAGAAACCACUCCAAGAUGGGGCCCUUCCCUGAAGGUCAUGUGGUGAAAGGGCAGGGAUCACAGGCCCUCUUACCCUGCCCGGCCUGACUCAGGGCCUGGGGUAGAGGGAAGGAGGGGGCUCCCCAGCCUGCAGUUUCAAGCUGGGCAGACAGGAGCCCUGCCCUCCCUGAGGACCCGGCUGCUGGGGCCCCUCUGCCG